CGCGGCACGACUUAAGGCUCGAUUUUUCUUGCAGGUAUUUAGUUUUAGUUCCUGUUCUGGGCAGUGCAGCUGCUAAAGAAAUUGUUUUUUAAUUUAAUUUUUAGAAGAAUUAAAGUCGAUUAAUAUAGAAUGACUUCAUAUAGAGCCGCUGAUUCAAAACGUGAGGAGUUCCGAAAAUAUUUGGAAAAAGCCGGCGUGAUUGAUGCAUUGACUAAAGUGUUGGUGAAUCUGUAUGAAGAACCAGAAAAACCAAAUAAUGCUUUGGAGUUCUUAAACCACCAUCUGAGUGGAGACGGACCUGAAACACCGGAUGUUGAAGCUUUGAAGGUAGAUGUGAUUGAACUGAAGGCAAAGGUGUCGCAACUUACAGAUGAAAAUAUUGAACUGAAGACCAGGCUUGAGAAAUACGAGCCUUCAGUUGCACAGGAUGACACAGCGGAGUAAAAUGUUUCUGCGAGUUUUAUGUUUAUGUAAAGUCUUUCAAAUGAAGUCAAUUUUUACGUCACUACUUAUAUUCUAUUGCGGUUUUAUGAAACUUAAAAUUCGAAUAUCUUUUACAAUUCUGAUAGGAAAGGUAAAUGCAUUACUGUAUAAGUGAUUGUACAUACACUUAUUGUUUUUCUACCUUUUGUUUCAAACCAAUGUUAAAAAUUGCUUUGAUUUAAAUUUUAAGAGGCCCAUGUUAAAAAUGAAUUUUAUAUUUCGACGGCCGUUUUACUGCUGUCAAUUUUAAUGGACAAUUUUAUUGCGUUUGUAAAUUGGCUUCCAAAAUUUGAAGAUACGCAAAGUUUCUAUAGUUUAUAUAAAUGGGAAUUGGUUUAUUGUUUCGUGUGUGGUGUUCUUACGUUAUCGUCAUUUUUUAAAUAAACUGGUAAAGUGUAACCUCCA